AUGCAAUUUAAUGUUGAAUUGGGAUCUGUUUUCACUCGAUUGGGUUCACAAGUGACAGUCCUUGAAUCGAAUCCUGAUCGAAUUUCUCCCUUCCUCGAUCAAGAAGUCUCUCAAAUCCUCGAAAAACAAGGCAUGACAUUCAAGUUGGGAGUUUCCGUUCAGAAUGGACAUGUGGACACUCUCCAAAAGAAGGUCACUCUCGAAGUCGAAUCUGUCCGGUCCAUUCCUACUGGUGGCAGUCCUCAUGAUCAUGAUGGUAGUUCACCAAUGGUGAGACAAUCCAUCAAAGCAGAAGUCGUUUUGGUUUGUAUUGGCCGUCGACCUUUCACACAUCAUUUGGGUUUAGAAAAUGUUGGAAUUAAAUUGGAUUCAAAAGGUCGAAUUCCAGUGAAUGAUCAAUUACAAACCUCUGUACCAACUAUUUAUGCCAUUGGAGAUGUCGUGAGAGGUCCCAUGUUGGCUCACAAAGCAGAGGAAGAAGGUUUCGCUGUGGCCGAGCACUUGGCAGGUCGUUCAAGUCCCCACUUGAACUACAAUGCCAUUCCCAAUGUCAUUUACACUCACCCCGAAGUUGCCUCUAUUGGGCAAACAGAACAAGAACUCAUUGCAAACUCCAUUCCGUAUCGAGAACUCAUGUUGGAAGCUGUGAAGAAUAAUGGAUAUGUAUUGAAGUAUGCAAAUGAAGUAUUUAAGAAAGAUGCAGAAUUUGUAAAAGAAGCUCUCAAAUGCAAUGGUUUUGUAUUGGAAUAUAGUGAAGAAUUAUAUCAAGCAAGAAUGCAAUAUUGUUAUCAUGGUGCUUAUUUGGGAAAUGAUUAUCAUUAA